AUGUCCGUGACCUUUCCGCCAGAGCUAGUAGAAGCCGUUCUCGAGAAAAUACAACCUACCACCACCACAAGCCGACGAACAUUGUCAAGCUGCAGUCUCCUCUCUCGCAACUUCCGAAAUGUCGCUCAGCGUCUUCUUCUUACCAACUUGUCGGUCGCCAACUGGUCCACCGAGCGGGUAAUGCAACUUGCAGACACUCUAGUUCGAGAACCUCGCCUUUCUGCGUACAUUCAAAGCAUUGACAUCUCAUUCCCGCGUUUCCCGUUCAUCAACAACGGCAGCUCCCUCUCGCCGAAUUUGUGGGGCGACCAAGAGUACGACAUCCAUCUGGGAAGGCUCCUCCUUCAGUUAUCGUCGCUUGACAAACUAUCCAUUUCAUGGUCGUCGCGCUUACCACGUUCGUGGCAAACCCUCUCCGAUGUUCUGCAGCAAGCACUCCUUUUCCAUGGCUCUGGAGUCACCGACGGUCCUCGUCGAUUAACUUCCAUAUCCAUUAGUGGAAUUUGGGGAUUGCCCCUGGAAUUGGUCGUAUCCAGUCCCCACCUCCAACACCUUCGAAUUCGAACCUCGGGAUUUGAUGGCCUUGGGCUCCCAUGGGAGGAGGAGCUCGCCAGAGUCUCAUCCAGAUACCCCUUGUCCUUGCAGCUCAAGACGUACGAGGACGACGCGACGAACAUGUGCGCAACUCGCGACUUGUUGUCCCUCAGUCCUUCGGUUUUCAGCUCGUUGACGUCUUUCCGACUCAAGAAGGUCACCAAUUCGUUGACGCUCAUUCGAGACCUUGAGUGUGUUUUGAACGCCUGCGCAAAUACGCUCGAGUCUUUCGAGGUCUUCAUCAAGCUCUCCGUCAAAUCCCAUGCCGCUAUGAGUCUAAGCCUCCCCUUCGAGAUGCCUCAGCUACGCUCUAUGACCCUCCAAAUCCAGGACUGGGAACUCCUUAACCCAAGCUCUAACACUUGCAAGCACCUCGCGUUCUUCGAGUCAUCCCUCGCUCAUCUACGUUCCUAUCCUUCGCUCACCAGUGUCAACUUGUUCCUUCACUCCAGCUUCGUACCCACAAUCGCUCCGGUUGGCCCUUCGAUUGAAACUAAAGCUGUUCCUUACCACAUAAUGGCCAUUCUGAUGGACGAUUUGUGGAGGAGAGUGGACUCGAGCCUGGCAGCCACUGAUGUUUUCCCGAGCUUGACGAGGCUUUAUGUGGAGGUCGUUGCGGGGAAGGGUGGGCCUGGGGCGGGUGUCUCAACGGAUGUAGAGGAUGUCCUUGAGGCGUCGAAGCACCUUCCAGCACUUGCUAGAAGGAGGGAGGUUGAGAUUCGUCGAGUCGCUCGAGUCGUCGGAUGCCCCGGCUUCGAUUAG